UGAGAUGGCUGCAAGGCGCUCUCGCGAUGAAGGCAUCUACUAUCGCGCGACAUGUAAUCACUCGUGAUAAAACGUGAUAAUUAAACGAAUGUGUGCGUUAAUUAGUUUAUCGAAAAUUUACAAUCAUAAGUACUCUGAUUUAACGUAUUAUUAUUUAUUUGGAAGGUGAGAUAGAAGUUGGUCAGUGAUAUUGAUAGUUAUUUUCACUUGAACGCUGAUGUAUAACUCUGAAUUGUCAGAUUGAUGAAGACACGAUGAGGAUGUGAUGUUCACGAGGAGACUGAAUGGAGAUUUUGAUAGAAACUGAUGUCAUUUAUCACAGAUGGUUUCAUUCGUAGGUGUGACAAUGAUGCCAUGACAGAUUUAAUAGUGAUGGUGAAUUAUGCACCUGGCGAUAUGAAGGAAAUUCAACGUCAAUAUGCAAUCAGUACUCGAUUAGUAUGAUACAUAACCACAAUCAACCGACUUAUCAUUCCCAUACACAGCGUCCACAACGCUGCAUUCCCUCGACCAAAAAUCAACAAAUAAUGUAAAACGAGAGAUUAUAUUUGAUGUGUGAAAAUAUUUAAUUUAUGAGAACGAAAAGAAGAGCAGAAUGGACCGAUUUAAGUAAAUGCUCGUGUGAUGUGUGGACCAGAACAAGAACUUUAACAUUCUCAAGUAAUUCGUUUGGAAUGUGUCAGGAAGCAUCUUAAAUCAGCUCAUUUGAAGCUUUGGAGAGUCGGUGAGAGCCCGGUAGAUAGAUAUAUCAAUGAUUAUUCACGGUUGAAAUUAAACCGAAUACAGAGUACUGAUUCGAAUACAUUUCUGCAAGUCGUAAAAAAAAAAUAAAACGAGAUUACGCAAGAGAUUUGGCGUAGAUCAACGAUGGAACAUCGGUGAGGUCACAAGGUCAUCACAGAAUGCCUGAGCCGAGGGCAAAGCGCUGCAAACACUGUGACGAGUCUGGCCACAGGUUGGACAGCGGCUCCCCAUUCUGGAGGAUACAACUGGAUCAGGACCUCCUGGAUACAAUAAGCGCUAUAUACCCAGAGUGGUUCAAGGACUACACAAACAGUAGAACAACAGCGUCAACGUCUAGCUCAGGAUCUUUCGAUGGAAAUCGUGUGAGGACCGACGAGUCUACAUCAAAUAAGUCAACCACCCAAAAUACAAGUAUUCUCAUUGACAAUCAGUCCAGCAAACCCAGUAAACUUGAGAGCAAGUCCAAAUCCAAAACCAAGCGAAUCGAGGCACUCAGGGAGAAGCGAGAGAAGCGGGAAGCUAAGGAAGACAGAGAUCGUUUAGAGAGCGGCAAGAAGUCGGGAAAACGAUACGAUAGAACUCCAGACGGUAGUUUGGCAACAGGGAGAAAGUCCUCAGGUGUUGACACAUCAGAAAUAUCCACUACAGUGUCUGAACCCACAAAGAUGGCUGAGAGCAAUCGAUCUUCACCGCCUAAAGCGGAAGUUGACGAUUCACCACUGCAGCAUGAUCGUAACAAAGAAUCGUUGAAGGUGAAAUUGAUGCUCAGGCGGCCAUACAAUCAACUUGUUGCCCAAGGCAUUAUGCCACCUUUGAAAACUCCACCAGCAUUUCAUGAGCAGCGCAAACAGUUGGAACGUGCAAAGACCGGUGAUCUGUUAAAGGCAAAAAUACAACAGAGACCGGGAAGAGAUGAACUGGUGAGACAACACAUCCUGGAGGACGUGGGUCAUGUUGAUCCAAGCCUAGCCGAGAGACAACGAAUGCUGAAGAAGGCAAGGCUUGCUGAUCAGCUCAACGAUCAACUCAGUCAUCGACCUGGACCCCUUGAGCUCAUCCAGAAAAAUAUUUUGCAUACCGAAGAGCCCAUUGAAAGGGCGGUGAAAGAGGGUCAUAUUCCCUUCAAGCCGACCUGCGAAGGCCAGGUGAGCAAACCUCAACCUCCAGACCAUUAUAUUACCUUCGAAGAUGACUCUCAAAGCUCUGAAGGUGUACCCUCACCUCCUCUUGAGGGUCGAACUGAUGUGCUGGAAACUGCAGCAGCAUCUGCUGGAAUCGUCACAGUUUCCCUUAGUAUUCCUACGACUGGUGGUGCUGUUGUUGUCUCCUCAGGGUCGCCUGUCUUUCAACAAGCUAAUGGAGAGCCAACGAUACAAACUUUUGCUGAGUUAUGUAAUUCGGUGGUUGGCAAUCAACAUACCCAGCUUCCAACCUCACAGGCGAGUCAAACAAAUGGUCCAACAGCAACAUUAUUACCCCUGGCACCAGCGCCUAGUCCGAUGUCACUUGGCUCGACGACAUCCAGCCUCUCUCCCCUAUCAAAUAUAUCAAUAGCGUCACCGCCAGCCCCACCCGCAGCAAUAACCCCACGUCCACAAGCGAGUCCCAUAGCCACAACAUGCCAAAGGAGUGAUGCACCUGGAAAGGACAAAAAUAGAAAAAAAUCCAAAACCAAGAGUCAACCAAAAACACGAACCAUCAAAUUUCACGAGUACAAGGGGCCCCCAAAUGCCCAGAAGGCCUCGCCACCGUCAGUUCAACCUGGUCUGAAUUCCGCCGCCCAUAACGAGACCAGUUACGAGAUAAUGCUCCAGCAGCAACAGCUCUUCCUCCAGUGGCAGCUUGAAUGUCAGCAUCAACUACCUCGAAUAAUCCUCCCAGCUACACAAAAACCACUCUCGCUGACGAGUAGCGGUGCUUCCGACGCGGGAAGUGUCAGUGGUGGAAGUGUAAACGUUCCCUCCCCGGCCCCGUCCAAUUCCUCCAACAAUCCGGGUGAACAACCCCCUUUACGACCCCUCGGGAAAUUGGAAGACAUGAAAGUUAGUGAUCUUAAAGUUGAACUGAAGAGGCGGAACCUUCCAGUUUCGGGAUCGAAACCCCAGCUGAUUGAACGGUUGAAACCCUUCACAGAGAUCGCCAGCACCAAUUCCAACUCUACCGGACCGCAUGUAACACAUAUGGGUCAUAUCCUGAUGGACACACCAGGGCCAAUGGCAUCAGAUGACUCCAGUUUACACGCCAAGAGUCCCAGUUCUCCCAUAAAAGAUGAGCCCAAUAGUCCCAGAACAGAUUCCCCCCAUAACAGUGAGCACGAUGAUCCGUCGAGUCCUCCAGGUGACGACAUAAUCAAAGAGCAACGUAAAAAAAUCGAAGAAUUGCAGAGGGAAAUCUACAGAUUUAAGCAGCAGCUACGUCAAAAUCCCCAAAUGCGUCAGAGCCAGCCAGCAAGAGCAGAGAAACUCUACUUGCAGCAUCAUAUUCACAAUAAGAUGCAACAACAGCAAUUAGCUAUUCAGAUGCAACAGCUUCAACAGCUCCAGCAGCAGCAACUGCAGCAACAACAGAAUCAGCAGCAACAGCAGACCCAGCAAAGUCAACACGCUGCCUUCCAACAAUUGAACGCGAAGGCCUCUCUAGCUGCAUUCCUCCAGUCACAACCUAACAAUACUGCUAUCCUCGAUUCUGCGACUCUUACAGCCAUAAAUAACAAGAAGAAUAAUGUAAAAAAUAAUACCACCGUGCAGCUUCCAGCCGCGAUCGUUCUCAAUCUUGCUAAACCCACCAAAAUAAACGGCUCCCUGCUGGGUGCUUUGGUUGCUGCACAAGCACAGCAACAAGUUCAGCAGCAGACACCUACAACAACCAUUGGAAGCACAACAACAACAACAACAACUACUACAGCAGCGAAAUCCGAGGAAAAACCGCCUCCAGAAUAUGAUGAAGCUGCUAAACUACGAAAGGUCAAGAUUGAACCACCACAAAAGAGUCACAUCAAGAGCCAAGUGGUUGAUGAUGUCUUGGAGAUAUUAAUUAAAAAUGGAGAGCUGCCACCAAGUGCUGCUCAGGACCCAGCGACCCCAACAACCCCAAAUCGUCAGCUACAGCAAAAUUUAGUAUUCACAGCUCCAGCUGAUAGCCCAGGGCUAGUGUUUGCUGCCAGUCCCAUCAGUCCAAUAGCAAUGGAAGUCAGUCAGAGUGGUUGUCCUAAUUCUCCAGCGCCUGCCCCUCCCCCACCUCCACCUCUACCCCUGGCUUCGUUCUCAGUGCAGUUACCAAGUGCAUUACAGCAGGAGAGACAGAUUCACCAUCAGGAGAACGAUAUCCCCUCGUUCACUGCUGAUUUACUCAGUUCUGAUGCUGAACUCGAUGCAGCCAUGUUGUUAAGCCCACAAAGUGUCCAGCAAAGCUCACCUGAUCCUCAACCCCCUCAGGAGGUAACCAGCUCCAAUAAUAAUCUAGACCUUAAGGAAUUGGGGCUCGAUCUGGAAACCCUGGAUACCAUGGAUUUCGGACAGUUGGAUGGUGAUCUCGUGGUUAAGAUGGAGAGUGUCCCUCAGGAGCUUAUGGACAUUGGAGACAUGUCGAUGGAUAUGGACGACUCAGAUUGGUUGGAUUCGUUGAUGCAUCAAUCUCCUCCCAGUCUCACCACUACGAUGCAUCAUCAUCCUUCUCCUCCCUCCUCAACUCAGCAUAUUGGCAAUGAUAUUUACGAUCCCCUCCUUGCUAAUAGUCAAGAUCCAUUUGAUUUCUUGAAUAUGGAGGAUUCCGACUUCAAGAUGUCUUCAGAUUUAACACUGAUUUGGGACAAAGGGGAUUAUGCUACCUAGCCUGAGGACUUGGAUGAAAUGUGGCCUUAUCUUUGUACUUAGUGGACUGGAGUAAUAACUCAUUAGAGUUGUGAGGGCCAUUUAUGAGGUUUCAAUUGAACAUUUCAUACAGUGUGCGAUGAUGAACUGAUGGUUCAUAAUCGAUAGGAUUUCUUUUUGACACCAAUGUACUUAAUGAAGAGCUUCACUUACUUGAGGGUUUAUGGACUCUUCAAGCAGGACCUAAUUAUGGUAAAAUUUUAAUAUAGAUGUGAGAUGAUGAGGUUUAAUUAAUGAGUUACACAGAUGAAUUAAUGUAUAUUGGACCAAGAGUGUUGCUGAGUGAUGGAGCGCAAUUUACAUGUCUUACGUGCUCCUGAGAUAGUUAUGGAUGCUUAAUAACGCUCAAAUAGUCGUGACUAGAGAGAUCGGUUCUUAUAAAAAUUGAUUGGUACUUUUUUGCCAGUAUCUUUGAUUUUAAAAAUACCAGAGGCACCUUUUUGUAAUCCAAAUAAUUAUUUACAUGAAAGGUUUGUGUUUCUCAGAUAUUAACACAAAGUAGCUUCCAUAAAGACCCGGGAUGUGGGUCUUUCUAUCAUUUUACUACAAAGGAAUAAAUUACAGAAAAAUCAAUCAGAUAUUAGGAUAAAUAUUAAGUGCCGUCAUCUUCCAUCAAUGACUGAGUGAAUGCGAUAAUCAUUAAAUAUAAUUAAUGAAGCGAGAUAUUCAAUGGCAAUUAUUUGAAAAUUCUCCAAAGAAUUCAUCACGAAGGGAUUGUUUAGUGCUACAACGGCCCGUUUAAGUUCUACGUGUGUUGCUUAAGUUUCUAUCAUUGCGGUAAUAGCAUGUAAUAAAUUAGAAAAAGAACACGUGGAAAAUGUACCGAUUGUUCUCGAUUUUUUGAGGAACAAUAAUGCCCAAAACCUCUUUAUACUAUAAUCAUGGAAUAAUUACACAAUAUUAUACGAAAAAUUAAUAUAAUAUUCAAAAUAAUUAUUCAUAAUUAACUAAUAAAUUAACAGUAAGACGUAAUAAUUGCACCUAGAAUGUAUUUCCUAUUAUAAAUUGAGCGAUAAACUAACUUUUAGCUCAAUUUUUGAGAAAUUUUUAGGUGCAGUUGGGGAUAUUUUUAAUCCAGAGUAUGUGAUUUUAGAUAAUACAAUUAUAUUAUUAUAAUAUGGAGAAGAAAAUCUACCUUAUGUUGAAAUUACAAGGGAGCGUAUUUAGAUGAUUGAAAAGAAGUAAAAUCGCGCAUAGACACGACAAUUGCACGUUUAAAUUAUUUUUUAUCAACUAAUUCAGUUCAGUUACUGUACUCUCAGCAGUAUAAUUAUUUCGUCUUUUCCCUCCUCUCUUCACCCCCUACGCAGUGGUGCUUAUUUGUUGUUUUUGUGACAUUCCAUGUGUUCCAAACUCUCGAGUUCUUAAUAGUCUAUCUAAUAUAAAUCAUGAAAACGAAAAAUCACAGUAAUUUGGCACACUAUUGUUCGUUAAAUUUAUCGUGUCUGUGCAGUCAGCCAAACAUAAUAUUGGGACACAUUGUGUUUAACAUGUUCCAAAGUGUUUGGAGGCAAAUUACUAAUAGGUCUGAUGGUGCUAGAGUUUUGUAAAAUUUUUGGAGGUAUUUUUUGUAAAUUUAUUUGAUAGAAAAACAACAUUUGAAAUUUUUUUUUUAAUUCGAGAAAUUGACACAUUGAUGAGGAAAAAAAUCGUUAUAAAUUCUUGAAGUUAUACCGUUAUCGUUAUUUUUAAUUCAUUCAAGGAACAGCCUAAAUUGCAACAUUCCAGAUGCGGCUGUUUCUUUUUUCCAUUAUUUACCGUGAAGUCUACCAAAAUCCAUCGAUUAUAAUUCUCAAGAGCAGUGCAUUUAAUAUCAUACAGCCUUGUGCUUCAGUCGAAUAAUUAAAUCAAAUCAUAAUUGAAAAUGCCUAUGGUUGGAUUCAGCAGAGAAUUUCUUAAUGCAUUUAAAAAAUAAAAUUACUUACGUUUUAUUUCAACUAAUUGGGAUCAAUUUUCGAGGAAACGAAUCAGUCGAGAAUUUGCAACACUUUUUUUCUCCAUCAAUAGGUUAAAAUUUUUCGAUCGAAAUUUUUGAAAACAUCGACAUUUAAGAAUAUGAAGUAGAUCACAUACAAUUUGAAAAAAUAAUCAUGUGCCAAAAUUACGAAACCCUUAAGAAUGAAAAAGAAAUGAUAAUCUUCCCAAUUUUACCAUCACAUAUCGCUUCCUCAUUAGCAUCGUGUUGCCAUGACAAUAAUCGUCUUUAUUGUUUUGUAAUAUAUUGUAAAAUAGAAUUAAUUUAGGAAUCAAGGUACACAUGGUUCAAUACUUGAGUGACUGUUGAGAUUGAUUGCUGAAAAUUGGAUAAACGGUUCACUUGGCCAUUCUUUUCACGUACUGACUAAUAAAUUUAUUAUUAGUCAUUAAUCGUCAUCAACUCACUGCCUCAAACGAAUUAAUUGAAUUUAUUGGCAUCAAUACCGGAGAGAGAAGCUCCAUAUUAGGAAAAAACGAAUCAAAAUUCGAAAAAUUACUAAGGUCUUAUCCUCCGAAUAUCUUUAGAUUCACGAGAUUUAAAAGAGCUCAUUAACAAAAUUCUCAUUAUAGUCCUUAGAAAUUCUCCCAAAAAAAUAUUCGAAUUCCUCUCAACUUCUCCAUCUCCAAGAUAUUCGUAGAAUAGUCCAAAUGAUAAUCGAAAAAAGGGAGAUAGGGAAAAUCAUCAAAUUAUAAUAUUUGAAAAUUGAUUAUGCUUGUUUGUUUCUCUUGGGCUGUGCGAAUCUGGUAGUCUGUCAGUGAGUAAUCGAGUGUCUUUAUAUUGCAUAAUCAUGCGAGGUUUUGCAACGCAAUUGCUUAAAAUUUAUUGUUUAGUUUAAGUGAAUGAAACACUUGAAAUAACUGGAAAAUAUAUAGUUAAGUAUACUAGACGCAGGUAUACAAGAAAAUGUAUUUUUUAUUGGAUGAAGAGAUGCGAAUUUUUGCGUAUGCUGCAUGUCUGUGCGUCAAAGUCAGACAAAUAUUUCGAACGUAUCAAUUAAUUUAUUUUAUUCGAUUAAUUUGAUUUAAGUUAUGGAUUUUAAAUAAUUAAGGUAAAAGAGAGAGAAAGAGUGUGUUAUUUAUUUUUAUUUGUUGCAAAUUUAUCGAUUGCCUUCCAAUUGAUCAAAUAAAUAAAUAUAAACAUAAAAUCAUUCAUUCA